GUGAGUUUGGGAUUACCGUUAUGAGGUUUUACAACAUUCCAAACUUUUCUCUUUGGGUCUCUCUCCAUUCUCCACUCUCCAGUUGUGAGUUUGGGAUUAUCGUUAUGAGGUUUUACAACAUCACAAACUUUUCUCUUUGGUUCUCUCUCCAUUCUCCACUCUCCAGUUGUGAGUUUGAGAUUAUCGUUCUGAGGUUCUACCACAUUACAAACUCAAAGAAGAGUAGACGAACAAAAGCAUGGUUGCACUCUCUUCCAAUAGCGACACCGAUCAGGUCCUUGUCGAGGAGACGGGAUGUGUGAGAACACUCAUACUAAACAGACCGAAGCAGUUGAAUGCACUUUCUUCUGCAAUGAUAUCUCAGUUAUUAGAACUCUUCCUAGCCUGUGAAAAAGAUUCAAAUGUCAAGUUGGUUAUUUUGAAGAGCACUGGAAGAGCUUUUUGUGCUGGUGGUGAUGUUGCAGCUAUAGCUCAUGAUGUUAGACAUGGCAACUGGAAAUUGGGCACAGAAGUAUUCAGAAAGAAAUUCACCGUGUGCUAUGCAGUGUCAACUUAUAGCAAACCCCAGGUUUCCAUUCUUAAUGGAAUUGUCUUUGGAGGUGGAGCAGGCCUUAGUAUACAUGGUAGAUUCCGAGUUGCUACAGAGAAAUCGGUUUUUGCUAUGCCGGAAACAGCUUUAGGACUCUUCCCGGAUGUGGGUGCCUCUUACUUUUUAUCAAGACUCCCUGGGUUCUUUGGAGAAUAUCUUGGGUUGACUGGUUCUCUGUUGGAUGGUACUGAAAUGCUAGCAUGUGGUCUUGCAACUCAUUUUGUCCCUUCAGAGAGGCUAUCAUCCUUGGAAGAAGCAUUACACAAUAUCAAUUUGAGUGAUCCAACAAUUAUUUCUGCCAUCAUCACUGAGUUUUCACAAGUACCAAAAUUGAAAGAAAAGAGCCCGUAUAACCAUUUGAAGAUAAUUGAUCGCUGUUUCUCUCGAAGAACCAUUGAAGAAAUCAUGGUUGCACUUGAAAGUGAAGCUGCAAAUAACAAGGAUGAUUGGAUUUCUUCAGCAAUUCAAUCACUGAAGAAGGCAUCACCUACAAGCCUUAGGAUUUCUCUAAGAUCGAUAAGGGAGGGGAGGCUGCAAGGUAUUGGUACAUGCCUCAUCCGUGAGUUUAGAAUGGCUUGCCAUGUGUUGAAAGGCGAGUUUUCCAAGGAUUUCGUUGAGGGUUGCAGAGCUAUACUCUUGGACAAGGAUAGAAAGCCCAAGUGGGAACCAUCCAAAUUGGAACUAGUUACUGAUGACAUGGUCAGUCAUUACUUCAGUAAGUUAAACGAUGAAGAUUGGAAAGAUCUGCAGCUGCCAGGCAGACCAAGCUUGCCUUAUGCCAUUGCAAAGCUGUAAUCAAUUAAUCACUAUAACAAAGUAUAUUAUUAGAAAAAAAAAAAAGUCAAAUAAGUCUUUAAAUUAACUGGAAUAAAUAGUGAAAUUGAGUCCUUACUUAAAAAAAAUCUCCAUCAAACCUCUUAACUUGGCGAAAAUAUGUAACUAGGUUCAUAAUAAUUUGUCGGUCACGUUAUUGCUUACGUGGUAGAAUAAUGAGACUUAUGUAGAUUCAAGUGUGCAAGUGUAAAUGUACAAUUUUUUUUUUUUUAUUCUAAAAGAUUUUUAGUUUAAAUUUUAAA